CCAGACUAAAAUAAAGAUAAAAUGUCAAAGUCAUUGGAGAAAAUAUCGGAAGAAAUGCAUUUAAGGAAGAUUUACAACCACAAGGAGAAAUAUUUGCUGACUCUUUGCUUCGUAUGGGGCGCCAUUUUGUUAUUCUUGGUCUACAGUUUGACGCAAAUUCCGGUAUCUCAACCUGAUUUGAUAUCUCAGGCCAACGAGGACUUCAGGGUGAGGUAUGUCAAAGAUCUUUACUCACACAGCCCUUGGCCGGAUGUUGAACAGGGCGGGCCCGUCGGAAAAGUUGCGCACCAGGCCGCGCACUAUUUUUGGUGCGGCGAGAAAAUUUUCCGUUUCGAGGAUUACCUUGGGCUUCUGAGCGUUGUUCGCAUUUUGAAACCGUCGUCAGUCGUGUUUCAUUACAACGUCCUGCCUUUCACCGAUGAAAAUGUGUACCAUACGUGGUUUCUGGAGCUGAGGCACUCGGUGCGAAAUUUUCAGCUUGUUCAGGCGAAGUCUAAGCUUAGGUGUGGGACCAAUGAUGUUUUGGAUUACGCACUUUCCCAACUUGCGUCCAACGGUGGUGUGUACAUAGGAGAAAGAACUGUAUUAUCCCGCUUCCCUAUUGAACUCUUCGCAUCCGAGUUGUCGAGUUACAAUACUUUGAGUAGUGAAACUCGUGACGUCACGCAAGGAUUAAUAUACAGCAGAUCGGGUUUUCCCGAAGACGCCAUCCCUUCUAUAAGAGAAAGAGUAUUGAAAUCUAAAAAUAGCUGCUAUUCAACGAUAGAAUAUGAUUCGCUGGCGUCCGCAUCCUUACCCACAAACCCCUGUGUUGUCGUUUCCGAGCACGUUUACCCACGUGACAUUUGGAACGGGACGACGAAAUUCUCCGAACUUUCCCGAUGGCUGUUCUACGGCCGCCGGGAACCGUUGCAGGUGACGCAAGGCAGCGAGGAUGACGGUUUGAUUCCCAUGACGUCACAUAUCGUCUGGGCGAAACCGGGAGGGAUGUGGUCGAGCGAGGAGUUCCAGUUCUUGAAUUACCUGAGCGUGGUGUCAGCGCUGUACGUGGCCGGGUUCGAAUCCGUGAUCGUCUACAGCCAGUCGGAGCCGAGAGGGGAGUGGUGGGGCAGGUUGAGAGGGGAGAACGUCACGUUUGUGAAGGUUGACGAGAAAGGAAAGUUUUACAAAAAUUCAAGUCUCCCUGGAACUUUCGACGGAGAACUUAGUCUGGCUUCUCUCCUCCAACAAGGGGGAGCCUAUCAGGACCAGGACAUAAUCUGGGUCAACGAGAUACCCAAUAGCAUACGACGCUACCCGGCUGUCGUCUGCAAGGACUGGGCCAGACGGGGGGAGUGGCCAGAGUUUUUCAACAUGGGUGUCGUCCUGGCAAAGCCCAACGCUGAUUGGUUGAAACACUUCAGCACGACUUUUGGGUAUGGAACCGCUGAUAAAUGGGCUCUGAACUCGCCCUCAAUGCCGUACCGUGCAUACGAGCAGGCGCCCGACCAGGUGUACGUCGACAGUUAUUUACAGGUGAUUUGCUACAGGGGCAUCUGUCAUCCAACAUGGAAGGACGACUAUCUUACAGAGAUCGACAACUUUCAGCCAAUCAUCAACUACGACUGGCGCGAGGCGCGCGCUUUUCACUUCAUCGUUCCCAAGCCGCCACGCAGUCUGACGUCACCGGACGCCAUUAAAACUGGGUUUGGGAUGUUUGCGGAGAUGGGGAGGUUGGUGUUGGAGAAAAGUGGGAAUUCUGAUCUGUUAAAGUAACUUAAAUUGUAAAAAUGAGUGGGAAUUCUGAUCUGUUAAAGUAAAUCAAAAGGUUAAAAAAAGUGGGAUU